GAGGACAGAGUGGGGCGGAGGGCGGAGUACGAGGCCUUCGGCUUCGGAGCCGUCACAACUCAAUCUAGUAACUCAGAGGCUGCGGCCGUGCGCGAACGUCUCGUUACCUCUUUCUUUCUCCCUCUAUCUCCCUCUUUACUUCCGUUUAUCCGUCAUUGUUUUCUUUGAUCUCUUCUCUUCUCUCCUUUCUCUGCACACAGACGCGCGCGUGCACACGCGCGCAUUUACACAUAGAGCUAUAUUAUAUACAUUUUCGCUCUCUCUCUCUCUCUCUCUCUCUCUCUCUCUCUCUCUCUUCGUUCUUUCGUUUAUCUUUCGCAUGUUUUCGCAUUCAAACUUCUUCUUCGCGUCGAUCUUUCCGUUACGCGUUUAAAUUGAACUACAAGAGGAAAACGAAGACGAGGAAGAUAAAUAAGAGAAAGAGGAAGAGAAGAAAGAACAAUCGAAGGAUGGAGAGAAAAAGAGAAACGAAGGGACAAGACAUUUUAUAGAAUUAUAACAAACGGACGCGAAAAACGAGAGAGAACGGAAUUUUAGGGAAUCAGUGUGAAAGUGUAUCGAGAGGAGCACGAUGUGAUAAUCGUGUAGUUUUCGUCGAAAGAAUAUACAAAGGAUGUCUCGUGGGGUGCAUCGGUUGGACGUCGUCCUGGUCUCGAUGCUGUUAACGACGAUGCUAGCCGGCACAAGAUCCAGUUCCGUGCGUUGCGAGGACGCGAGACUUAGGUGCGCUUAUAGAACCGGAUGUGGAAUGGCUCUUCAACACUACGUUACCGGUUGCGCCUCCGUUUUGCAAGGUGACAAUUGCUCCGACGCUUGUCAGCACGCGCUCAUCGCUUUGACCAGUACCGACGAGGGAAAGGAGCUCAUGACGUGUCAAUGCACGCGAGACGACGAGCUCUGUCAACAAUCGAAGCAGAGGGUCGAGAUUUGUAGAUCGUCGGUGACGACGGCCAUGAACAGGACGAGGGUAUCCUGCAGGAUAGCCACGUGGAUAUGUAACGCGGAUGCCCUAUGUCAAACGGCUCUGUCGUAUUACAACAAAUUCUGCAAGAGCAUGUUCCACGGGAAGAAGUGCACUCACCGAUGUAGAAAUUCGAUCAACAUACUGACGCGACAAGAAAAGGCGGCGAAGCUCAGUACCUGUCUUUGCGACGGUUCCGAGGAAUACGAUUGCAAGGGGAUCCAUCGUAAUAUGAAUACGCUCUGCUUCGGUAGGAUUCAUCACGAUUAUCGCCAAGUAAAAAAAGUCGUCGACGGGACUAGAACGAACGAGAUCGUUCGAACGGAGACGAACGUUCUUGGGAACGAGGUGCCGAACGAGGCCACGACCGUUCGUCCUUUCGUCGACAGGACGACGUUGGCGAUGUCCAUCACUUUGCUCAUUCUUUUUGCGAGCCAAGACUGAUGCCGAGUACUACCACCGAGUGGCAAGACGAGAUGUCCAAAUAAAGUACAGUACAGUAUUCCGCGAGUGAACGACCAAAGAGCAUUUUUCUAGGAAUGUUUACGAGAAUAAGCGCCGGACGCGGUCCAUGAAGAGGACGACCGCCAGAGAUAAAGCUGCCGCUUUUGUCCCCGAGUAUCCUAAUCGAAGACUGCGCUUUGCGUUAAAGACGCAAAGAUUUCCGAUAGAAGUCAACCGCGUGUUCCAAAAAAUUCUGCAAAGAAAAUUGACCGAGGAGCAAGGAGACCGUUUUGCGUUGUACAUUGAUUAUGUAUUAUAUAGUAACAGAUAGGGAUAUUUGUUUUUAAUAUUGUUGCGUUAUAAGUAUUAUUAUUAUUCUUAAUUUAUGACAAAGUACGACCGAACAUUGAUCGCAAUCGCGAAGAUUAUUCUUCCCCUUUGAAGGGUGCGAAAGACUUUUCCAUUUGAUUUUUUUUUCUUUUCAUUAUUCCAACUCUCCAAACUUUCUCAUCGACGAUGUAUCCCACCGUUUUUUCACUAUGUUUUAAAGACCUGUCAAUUGAUAACAUAAGACGACGAGCGUACAUUCGUCCGAAUCAUACGAUGUAUUGUACGUUUAUUGUGCGAAAUUAAGCGCGAGUUACCAAGCUACGUAUGCCUUUCGAAGUAAUCGUAUCUAUUCGUAACGGCGGAAAUACUCAUCUUCUUCGUUUCUUCCUUUCUUUCAUAAUGCGAACGAUAAAGAGGUUAAUGAGAACUUUCGGAUUAUUUAGGAUGAUUGCGUAAAAAGAGUCGCAUUAACAUUGGAUAUUGGUCGAUAUUGGUUAUUAAUGAAAAUAAGAAAAAAAGGAACUUUUUCGAUGCUACAUUGUCUAAGACUCUCUCGAAAAAUGAAAACUAACGAAAUAUCGGGUAGCGUUAUCAAAAAGACUUGUAACGGGCGACGAGAAUGUAACGAAGGUACAACGACUGUAAAUUAUUUUUAUCUAUUGUAGUUACUUUUAAUUAUUUUACGACUAUCGCAUCAUUUUUUUUCUACCAAUGGACAAUCGAGAGUAUUUAAUUUAAAUAAUAAAUAUAUUUCUUACCACCGUG